CCCUUAGUAAAGAUGGCCACAUCUGUACCAUUACGUUUCUAUGGGCAUGAAGCCACGCUACGUUCAGUGGGUAAUCUUGUGUCAGACUCCUCCUUUUCCAACGUCUCGUCUCCUCCACCCCGGCAAGCAGUGCCCGGAUGUUCCCGUCUCCCUGUGCUGCUGAUAGAGGAGCUGACGGAUCCGUAAUGGCUGCUCCGUCCUGAGACAGGAAGAGUGGCUUCUAUAGGACUUGUAGACCAGUUGUUGAACGGGAAUUACUUGAGUUGGUUAAGUAAAAGGAGCAGCUCCCCCCGGGGGGAAAAAAAACAAAAAACUUUUUGAAAUGGCCCAUUUAAAAACGGAACAGAGACACGCAUGGCCAGAAGAGAAUGGGGACAGAGAACAUGGAUUAUAUAGCUUGCACCGAAUGUUAGACAUUGUUGGGACGCACCUCACGCACAGAGAUGUUCGUGUUCUAUCUUUUCUGUUUGUGGACGUUAUUGAUGACUAUGAGCGGGGAAUGAUCCGCAGUGGUCGGGACUUUCUGCUUGCUGAGAGACAAGGCCGCUGUGAUGAGACUAAUUUUCGUCAGGUUCUUCAACUGCUGAUAAUCACUCGGCAUGACCUACUUCCUUAUGUCACUUUGAAGAGGCGAAGGGCAGUGUGUCCAGACCUUGUAGAUAAAUAUCUUGAAGAAACCUCAUAUUCACUAUGGUUACACCCUCGGGCUCCAAGUAAUACCGAGUCUGGCACAGAGCAACCACGUGGCACAGCACAACCACAGCACCCAGUAGUAUGUUCCUCACCAUCUGGACCUCAGAUCUGCACUAAAAGGCCAGGACGAGGCCGACCUCCACUCAGCAGCCAAAAAAAAAGAAAGAAAUCCAUCACACCAGAUCCAAAGGAGAAACAGACUUGUGAUAUCCGCCUACGUGUACGAGCAGAAUAUUGCCAGCAUGAGACAGCUCUUCAAGGAAAUGUAUUCUCCAACAAGCAGGACCCUUUAGAACGACAGUUUGAACGUUUUAAUCAAGCCAACACCAUAUUAAAAUCUAGAGACUUGGGCUCCAUAAUCUGUGACAUUAAAUUCUCUGAGCUCACUUACCUUGAUGCAUUCUGGCGCGACUAUAUAAACGGCUCUUUGCUAGAAGCUCUAAAAGGUGUCUUCAUCACAGACUCUCUAAAGCAGGCCGUGGGCCACGAAGCAAUAAAGUUGCUAGUCAAUGUUGACGAGGAAGACUAUGAAAUAGGGCGCCAAAAACUACUUCGAAACUUGAUGGUGCAGUCUGCACUGUGAUGCCAAUGAAAACACUUUAGGCCAUUUUCACAAAGCAAUGUGAAGACCUGUGGUCCACUGAGGAACACCAGUGGAUUCCAAUAUAAGACCAUGUACACUGUGUGAUUAAUAAAACAUCCCAUAGUGCUUAUUCUCUUUCAAAGGUGUUAUGCUUUAAACAAAAUAAGAAAAGAAAAAAAUACCUUUUUGCAUUACAGACUGCCGGCAACAAACGUUUUCUUUUGUUCAGUCUGUGCUAUGUUGACCCAUGAUGAAAGUAAUAACUAGAGAACUGCAAAUUAUUUAGUAGCCGUGUAAGAUCUUGUAGCAACUUCUGCAGGCAGUAAAAUUGUUUUAAACUUUGUUUUCAAAGUUUUGUAUGUACAAGUUAGGGGAACCAUUUAUGCAAAGUCCCUGCUAUAAAAGCAAAGCGCAGGAAAGGUCAUGCAUGUUCUGAUCUGUGCCAUAAAUCCAGUGACUCAUCUGACUUCUCAAAUACAAAACUUUGAAAACAGCAUAAAACAAUUUGUGUGUGGUGUUUUUUUAUCAUUACAAGUAAUUGUUAAGAACUUUUUAAUGCAUUCUACUUUUUAUUUUUGUAUUACAAAUAUUUGUUGUGGCACCUACACAAGGUAACUGACUUUAACCAAAUAAUGCAUAACGUUUUAUGUUGCCCUAUGAGAAUGUGAGCUGCUAGUGGUUUUGAAAGGAAAGUGCAGUUCUACGUUAACAGUGUAUGAAAUAAUCAGUCAAUUUAUAUAGCACAAAAAACCCCAUUUAGGAGAAUAAAAAGCUAAGGCAUGCUGUAUUAAUCACACUAUUUGUCAAGGGUUUUACAGGUACAUCCUGGCAGUGUUCCUUUACGCUGCUUAGUAAAUAUGGCUCGUUAUUAUUAUUUCACCCCUUUCCCUCUUAUUUGAGUACUUUUUUGGUUUUGUUUUGAUAUAUAAUUAAAAAAGAAAGUAAAUAAAAAAAAUAUAAACAAAUAUAUAAAUAAAUAUAUAUAAAUAUAUAUAUAUAUAUGGUAAGCACCAUGUUGCUUCCAAGCCUAAGAAAAUUAGUAGACCGGUCAUCUAAGCUGUUAAUACACGCCUGUAUCUAACAAGAAAAUAUAUUUAUAGAUAUAUUGAUAGAACAUUCUCUUUAGGCCGUUCUAGUAAAGUACAGUUGAAAUACACGAAAUAGAAAAGGUUGCAGCAGUUAAUGUGAUGAAAUCCCAGAAUAGCUGAUAUCCCUCUGUAUUUUGUUCUUUGUAAUAAAACAAUUUUUCAUUGAAUAUCCCUAAAAUUGUAAACCCAGAGCACAUUUAAAUGCCUCACUUUUCUUCUUCUUUUGAGAGAUCAUUUUUUUUUAAAGCAGGUAUUGAAAUUAAGUUGUCCUUCUAAAAAUGUACAAAAGUAUAUAUAUCAUUUUUUUCUUUUCACAAACUAUUUUAGCCUGUUCUUAAGAAAGCAGUGUGGAAAGAGGUUUUGUAUUGUUGGAGCAAUGUACACUGUUGCUGUUUUUAAAACCUAUACCGGUAUAUAUAGAUAUAUAAAAAAACACUAUUUCCUUAAACGUUGUAUGUAUCUCUGAUUCCUAUUGGUAACAUCUGAAAAUCUCACCUUGUAUUAAACCAGAAAAUACAUACGCUUAUGUCAACAAUUUCUUCCUUAAUCAAUCUGAUUUAAUCUCAACUGCGGAUCUAUGCACCUUUUAGCCAUUCCAUUUCUUAAGAACAGGAAUAAGAUUACCAAUUCUAAAAAAAAAUAUUUUCAGAAACAUAUUUUGUUUUUAACUCUGCUUACAUUUUCAGCAUCUGCAGUAGUUUACAUUUCAAACUGUGAUCAACAGAACAGCUCAUAUGGUUUUCCUUGCCAGGCACCUUUGCAAUUAUGGGCACUUAUAAUUUUUGCUCUUUGAGCUGCAUAUUUAUAAAAAGGAAACAUAUUCCUGUAGGGUUGAAAAAGUAAAAAAAAAAAUAACAAAAAAAACUGAUUGUAUGUUAUGUCCAGGAUCUGUGCAGAAAAUAAAUGUUCACUUAUACAGUGUGUUUUAAGACACAA